AUGAGUAGUGAUUCACAGGCACCAAUCUUAGAUAAGGAGGAGAUUCUUUCCACUACUUCUUCUUCUUCAUCUUUUGUACCCAUUGAUCAGCAUCAAGUUCAAAGCGCCAUUCAAGUUAUUGGCGAAGAUAAAUCUUUUAAUGAAGAUAUCCUUGAGUAUAUUAACAAAAGUACCCCUUCAACAAUCCAGAAUGAUUAUCAUAUUAUCUCGGUAUUCGGUUCACAGUCUACGGGUAAGUCAACGUUGUUAAAUAAAUUAUUUAAUACGAAUUUUGAUGUCAUGGACGAAAGCAGCAGACAGCAAACAACGAAAGGUAUUUGGAUGGCGCAUUCACCUGUUGUUUCGACGACAAAAUCUUCAAGUGAAUGUCAGGAAAAUGUGUUUGUUAUGGACGUGGAAGGUACUGAUGGUAGGGAGCGUGGAGAAGAUCAGGAUUUUGAAAGGAAAGCUGCUCUUUUUGCAAUGGCGACGUCAGAGAUCUUAAUAAUUAAUAUCUGGGAACACCAGAUCGGUCUAUACCAGGGUGCAAACUUGGGACUUCUUAAGACGGUCUUCGAAGUUAAUUUGUCUUUGUUUGGAAAGUCGAAGUUAACAAAGAAUGACCAUAAAAUUUUAUUGUUGUUUGUAAUUAGAGACCAUAUUGGAACAACGCCAAAAGACAACUUGACAUCUACUUUGACUCAAGAUCUCCACAGAAUGUGGGAAAAUUUAAGUAAACCUUCUGAAUUGGAACAUUUGGCGUUUGAAGAUUUUUUCGAUAUUAACUUCCAUACAUUACGUCAUAAGGUUUUACAACCUGAUCUAUUCAUCAAAGACAUUAAAUUAUUAGGUGACAGACUCAAUACCGAAGAUGAACUAUUUAAGCCUUAUUAUCAUCAUAACAUUCCUAUCGACGGGUGGACAAUUUAUGCCCAAAAUUGCUGGAAUCAAAUUGAUAAUAAUAGAGACUUGGAUUUACCGACUCAGCAAAUUCUUGUAGCCAAAUUUAAAUGUCAAGAAAUUCUUAAUUCAUUGUAUGAAGAAUUUGAGAAAAAAUAUAAUGAAUUGUUGUUGCAAUCUUCCAAGCUUGACCUGGAAACUGAUGUUGAUUACGAACAAAUUGGGUUACACUUGAAAGACUUACGUUCUGAAGUUCUAGAGGAUUAUGAUUCAUUAUCUUCGAGGUAUAAUAAAAAUGUGUAUCAAGAGAUGCGUACAGAUUUACUCAACAAAUUGGACGAAAAAUUCAAAGAAAUUACCGAAAUAUAUGCCAAUCAUUUGAUAGGCAAAUUGAAAAAUGACUUUGACAAUGAACUCCUGAACACGAAGGGAAAAAGCUUGAAAGAAGAGUCGGUUAAAUUUACUUUGUUAGCUAACAGGUCAUUUCAAGAGCUUACUGAACUAUUGUCAUUGGACGGAAUAUUAUCAUUUGAUGAAUACCAAAGGACUUUGAACGAACAAUUAACAACAUCUAUUGAAAGGCAACAGACAACUGAGUUGGAAAAUAUCAUAAACAAGUCAUUAAAAAAACUUAGGACAGCAUUAACAAGAGUUCUCCAGAAAGAACUUGCCAGACCUGACGAAAAGAGUUGGGAUAAAGUUUUGGCAGAAUUUAAUAAGUUUACAGUCGAAGCUUUUAAAAAAUACGAAAAAGAUGGGGAGUAUGAUUUUGGGCUAGGUACUCAACAUGAUAUCAAUUCUGAAAAAGUAUCUUUAUUCAAUUUUAGGUCGUGGGUUUUGUUUCAUGAUAUCAUUCACGCCACGAUUCAGAAAGAUACAGUCUUGACUUUAUUGAAAGAUCGAUUCGACGAUAUAUUUAGAUAUGACGAGAAUGGAUUACCAAAGUUCUAUGAAAAUGCAUUCCAAUUAGAUCAGGCUUUUGGUGAAUCGAGAGAUUUCGCUUUAAAAGUAUUGCCAAUUUUAUCCAUCGCUCGUUUAAGCGAUGGAUCCGAAAUAAUUCCUAAGUGUGACAUCUUCGAUAGGGACGGAAGAAAAAAGUACUUGGGGGUCAAUGAUUCGGCUGAAAGUGAUAGUGAAGAGGAUGAAGAGAGUCAAGAAUGCUUUUCUCAGAUUCUUUCCGAACAGACUAAGGCCGAAAUCAUCUCGAAAUUCAAGAAAGAAAUCGAUGCGCGUUACAUUGAAACGAAAAGGUCGAUAGUGCAACAUGUCACACGCAUCCCAACUUACAUUUAUCUUGUAAUCCUUUUACUUGGGUGGAACGAAUUUAUGGCUGUAAUAAGAAACCCCUUUUUCUUUUCUCUCUUAUUGAUACUAGGCGCUGGUGUCUACAUAUUGUAUCAAAUGAACUUAAUUGGUCCAGCCACGGCAGUCUUGCAGAGACUAAUUGAUGACGGGAUAGCCAUAGGAAAAGAUAAACUCAGAGAGUUUGUUUUUGAUAAUCACGAAUUCCAUGCUGGAAAUUUAAGUAAGAUUUCUAAGUCGCAUAAUGAGGAGAAAGAAGCUACUGUGGUGAAAGGCUCCUAA